UGUAUCCCAGCUGUUGCUGCACCAAAGACAGCCGUUGAGCAUCACUGAUCCAGGGGCAGGCUUGGAACCUACUGCCCAGCUGCAGAGACAGUGUCUUAAAUUGCUUUGGAAUACAUCCCGUUCGAUCGUGUUAUUCACUCUUGACGAUUUUCCUUGCUGUGUCAUACAUUGCUUAGGACAUCUUCACCGGACUUGACAGUAUGACUCCAGGAGUACAGUGCAGCUGUUUGCUACUACUGUGUUUGACAGCGAUUGAUCAUUGUCAUGGUGGCUCACAGGUGGGGUUGCAGAGUUGCAUGGAUAAACACCAGGUUGUGGGUGUGCUGCGACAGAUGGAGAAGUUCCUGAAGGGGCAGGAGGUGCGAUUUACAGAGGGGCUGCGGAUCAUGAAGUCCAAACUGGCUGCUUUGCAGAACUCUGUCUCCAAGUUCCCCCAGGCAGAUCAAUCUAUGGUGCCCUCCACCUGCCCCUCCCUUGAGGCCCCAGCUCACGGGAGGAAGUUCGGCUCCAAGUACCUGGUGGGCCACGAGGUCCACUUCACCUGCAACUCGGGGUAUCACCUGCUUGGUCCCGUGACACGCGUGUGCCAGGAAAAUGGCACCUGGAGCGGGGUCGACACUGUCUGUAAAGACAUCAGUGAGUGUGCCAGUAACCCAUGUCAGAAUGGGGGGACCUGUGUGGAGGGGGUCAACCAGUACAAGUGUACCUGUCCCCAAAACUGGAGUGGGUCCCACUGCCAGCACCAAACACAAACAGCACCGCCUGAGUGGAGCGUGAUGAACGACCCAGCCUUCAGCAGGAAGCCGCGCUGUGCCAAGGUGGACCAGGCCCAGCACUGCAGCUGUGACGCAGGCUUCCACAUGAGCGGCACCUCCGACAACAGCAUCUGCCAAGACGUGAACGAGUGUGAGGUGUACAAGAUGGACCGGGGGGGCAAGCUCUGCGUCCAUGCCUGCGUCAACGUACCAGGGUCAUACCACUGCUCCUGCCCCAGCGGCUACAAGCUGCUGCCCGACAGCCGAAGCUGCGAGGAUGUGGACGAGUGCCUCUCCCAGCAGCACAACUGCACCCGUGGUACCACCUGCAUCAACACAGGGGGCAGCUUCCACUGCGUCAACCCAGAGUGUCCCCGUUCCCACGGCAACAUCAGCUACGUCAAGACAUCACCCUUCCAGUGUGAGAGGAACCCGUGCCCCAUGGAGAGCCGCUCCUGCCACCUGGCCCCCAAGACUGUGUCCUUCCACUACCUGUCACUGCCCUCCAACCUGCAGACGCCUGCCACCCUGUUCCGCAUGGCCACGGCCGCCGCCCCCGGCCGCCCUGGCCCCGACAGCCUGCGCUUUGGCAUCGUCGGGGGCAACGGCAAAGGGUUGUUCGUCAUGCAGCGGUCAGACCGCCAGACGGGGGAGCUGAUCCUGGUCCAGACCCUCCGCGGGCCGCAGGACGUCGCUGUUGACGUGGACAUGUCUGAGUACACGGACCGCACCUUCCAGGCCAAGCACGUGGCCAAGGUGCACGUCCUCGUCUCACCCUACGAGUUCUGAGCUUGUCAGUGGAGAAAUCAGAGGAAAAAAACACCAUCUCAUUCAUCAAUCACCUCCUCCCCAGCCACACACACAUACUUUACACACAUUCCGUUUCACGACUGUACAACCAAGAGGUCAAGACUAGAAGGUAGGUGUUCUCCUGUGCUGAGCCCAAAGCAGGUGUGAGGGGAUACAUGUAGUUGGAUCUGACAGGCAAGGCAGGGGGAGAGAACAUGCUCUGGUUCUGAGGUAACCUGCAGAAGCAUGUGCUAUGGAUUAUAAGAUAGGGU